GUGUCGCUGAGUUGCCACCAGGUCCUUGCUGGCGGCGAAAUUCAAGUUGCACACGCACAGCUCAGUCUCGCCCCUUCUUGUCCCAUUCAGUCGUCCACAAUGGCCGAUCAGUUCGACGAGGCUACCCGGAAAGAGCUUGCCAACUUUGUCCAGGCUGAGCAAGCACAGGCACACCUCACCGCGCAAAUCCACUCGCUGACGAGCAUGUGCUGGGACAAGUGCAUCACGAGCAACCCUUCGAGUCGCUUCGCGCGCGGCGAGGAGAGCUGCCUGGCCAACUGUGUCGAACGCUUCUUGGACACGAGCCUGUACAUGGUCAAGCAGAUACAGGAGCAGCGAGACCGUGCCCAAUUGUCUCGGUAGAGUAUGGUAUCCUGAGGAUGAUGCCAUCGUCCUAUUGCUGAGUGGUCAUACAUGGCGCCAGCUCACGUAUGUCGCGAGCCACUCGACAUGAAACCCCCUCAAGGCACGCAUCGCACUAGAUUCCGUAUGGUUCUGUGAUAAUCGUAGCAUAAUUGCGGAAAAUGUCCAGGUUAGAUUGCGUACGGUACAACAUCACACGUUACACGAUAUAACAACAGAAAA